AUGGUCAAGCUGCUAUCGCCCGCAUUCCCUCCGCGGCGGCCUUCGAGCCUGCUGCGGUAUACUCUAGCCGCCGUCGUCGUCAUGGCUCUCUUUUACUACCUCGACCCGCGUUCUCGUGGCUUCGCUACGACGACCCAGCUACACCCGGAGAAGCCGCAACCACCACCCCAAACACCAGGCCCUAUCCCACCGGCACACGUUCAACAAGAUGCAGAGAAACCCAUCCCCGAGCCCGAGCCGAAGCCAGUACGCCCGAUUGACGAUAAACCCCCCGCUGCCGAGGGCGCUACCCCCAAGAAGCCCGUCGAGACGCCCGCCACACCCGCCUCCCAUGCCUCAGGGGCAUCUUCGUCGUCUUCGCCACACCCCAUCGAUGUGUUGAUCAAGGAAGCCGACGAGACCUUCAAGGGCCUCCUCAACAAGGAGUCCAAGUCUCUGCCGGCCGCCGCCAAGGCCUAUCGCGAGCGCCGCGGCCGCCAUCCCCCGCCGGGCUUCGACGCAUGGUUCCAGUUCGCACAGGAGCGCAAGGCCGUCAUCGUCGAGGACUUUUUCGACCAAAUCUACCACGACCUCCGCCCCUUCUGGGGUAUGGAGCCGUCCCGCAUCCGCAAGGAGGCCGCCGAGUACGAGAUGACGAUCAAGGUCCGCAAGGGCCGCGCCACACGCACCAGCGAAUGGUUCUGGACCGUACACUGGACCGACAUGCUGAAGACUAUCGAGCACCUGCUGCCGGAUAUGGACAUUGCCCUGAACCCCAUGGACGAGCCGCGCAUGGUUGUGCCGUGGGAGCAGAUGGACCAGUACAUGAAGGACGCCGCAUUGACCGACGGUAUGCCGGAACCGAAGAAGGUCAUGAACACAUUCCAGGCACUGCCGGAGAACAAGAAGGAGCUCGACCGGAAUGUUAAGAUCAAGAGCAAGCAUUGGGAAGAGACAAAACAAUACUGGCUCAUUGCCCGCCGCGGAUGCGCCCCCGAUAGCCCCGCGCGGCUCGCGACGACGCAAAAGACGUUUGAUCACCCGCCGACCAUCAGCACAAAGUACGCCAAGGCGCACAUGCGCGAUGGCUACGUAUCCAACUACACGCUCUCGACGCAAAUCUGCCACCAGCCGGACCUCCAGGGCCUCAACGGCAUCUUCAUCGAGCCCCUGAGCACGUCGGCCACGACGACGCUGUUCCCGCUGUUCGGCGGGUCCAAGCUGGCCAUCAACAACGAGAUCCUCCUCCCCGCGGCCAUGUACUGGACGGAGGAAGAGCGCUUCAGCGGAGGCGGCGACCACGGCGGUCCCUGGAGCAAGAAGAAGGACCAAGUCAUGUGGCGCGGCGUCGCAACGGGCGGGCGCAACCGCGUGAGCAACUGGAAGGGGUUCCAACGACACCGGUUCGUGGCCAUGAACAACGCGACCAAGGUCUCUGGCGCCGAGGACGGCUCGCUUGAGCCGGUCAACUUCUCGCUGCCGGACAAGAUGUACAACGUCGCGGCGCGGGCAGUGAACCGCCUCGGAGAGUGGAUCAAGUCGUGGGCCGACGUCGGCUUCACCGAUCUCAUGUGCGAGCCCCAAGGCAAGGAGGGCCAGUGCAACUACACGAGCCCCUACUUCAACCUCACCCAGGGCGUCAAGCUCACCGACAUGUACGACUCAAAGUACCUGCCGGAUAUUGACGGCAACAGCUUCUCCGGGCGGUACCUGGCGUUCCUCGGCAGCACGAGCCUGCCGAUCAAGGCGACGCUGUGGCGCGAGUGGCACGACAGCCGGCUCGUGGCGUGGAAGCACUUUGUGCCGAUGGACAGCCGGUUCGGCGAUUACUACGGCAUCAUGGACUAUUUCCUGGGGUACGGAGCCGAGCGGCGCGGACACGACGCCGAGGCGGAGAAGAUCGCCAUGGACGGCAAGGCGUGGGCGGAGAAGGCGCUGCGCAGGGAGGACAUGCAGAUUUACACGCUGCGUUUGCUUCUCGAGUACGCGCGUGUAGCGGACGAGAGGAGGGAACGUAUGGGAUGGGUGGACGAUCUGCUCGCGGAGUCGAAGCGGUAG